GUAAAGUGAGCAGCUUUCCUAUUGAGACCAUUCGUAGACAAAUACUAUACUCAGCAGACGAGAACAUUUCCCAGCUCUGGCAACAUUUUUACAUAGCUCUAUCUUUAACUUUAAUCAUAUUUCGAUUGGUUUACCAAGCACAGACGCCCACACACAUUUCAAUGUGUGGCCUUCGUCGUCUUCUAUUUUCUUAAUCGGGGUUGUUUAAAUUAACGCAGUGGUCGUCCAAUCUACCAUUAAACACUCUGGCAUGGCACAGCAGCACUAAUGAGAUUGUUUGAAACGAUGCAUCCAGACAACCAACAAACAGAUUAAAGGCGACGCUCUCCCCCAGUCACUCAGUCGCGAGACGUGGGCAGGCUAAGAGAAGUCACCCUAAGGAAUACAGUGCUUGAACCACUGAGGUGCUGCUCAUUACUGGGUUUCAUGGUGAAUUUCUAUUGAAAGGGAAAAGGAAGAAAGGAGGGGAGUUACAAGCAAAUUGCUCUGAGACAAACAGGAUCUUUCCACAACAAUAUCAAGUGUGAAGUUAUUGCAUUUUGUCUGAACGGGUGCCGUUGAAUAAAAGCAUCUGCCCGGCUGCCCUGCAUCAACAUGACUGAAAGUCGCAGGGAAGCACUGGCAGCGCCAGAAGCAACCACCGCUGCCCAGGCCACUGUCAGCAAUGCCACAGAGUCCGCCGGCCAAGGGGGAGCAGGCAAGGACGAUGCCUUUUCCAAGAUCAAGGGCAAGUUCAUGAAUGAACUGAACAAAAUUCCAUUGCCACAAUGGGCCGUAAUAGCCAUAGGCAUUGUAGCAGUCCUGCUGAUUCUAACCUGCUGCUUAUGUAUCUGUAAGAAGUGUUUGUUCAAGAAGAAGAACAAGAAGAAGGGCAAAGAAAAGGGUGGGAAGAAUGCCAUGAACAUGAAAGAUGUCAAAGACGGAGGCAAAAAUGGAAAGAAUCAGGCUGUGAAGGAUGAUGAUGAUGAUGAUGAUGAUGCAGAGACUGGGCUGACUGACGUAGAGAAGGAGGGUGAGCCCAAGGAGGCAGAGAAGCUGGGAAAACUACAAUACUCUUUGGAUUAUAAUUUCACAGAGAACCAGCUUAUUGUGGGGAUCAUUCAAGCCGCGGAGCUGCCUGCCUUGGAUAUGGGUGGCACAUCUGAUCCUUAUGUGAAAGUCUUCCUGCUGCCUGAUAAGAAGAAGAAAUUUGAGACCAAAGUCCACAGAAAGACCCUUAAUCCCACUUUCAACGAGCAGUUUACUUUCAAGGUGCCCUAUGCCGAACUGGGAGGCAAGACUCUGGUAUUGAAUGUAUACGACUUUGACCGAUUCUCCAAGCACGACAUCAUCGGGGAACUUAAAGUCCCAAUGAACACAGUGGACUUUGGGCAUGUGACUGAAGAAUGGAAGGACCUGCAGAGUGCUGAAAAAGAAGAGCAGGAGAAGCUGGGUGACAUUUGCUGCUCUCUCCGCUAUGUGCCUACUGCCGGUAAACUGACUGUUGUCAUUCUGGAAGCAAAGAACCUGAAGAAGAUGGAUGUGGGUGGCUUAUCAGACCCUUACGUGAAAAUCCACCUGAUGCAGAACGGCAAGAGGCUCAAGAAAAAGAAGACAACGAUCAAGAAGAACACUCUGAACCCCUACUACAAUGAGUCGUUCAGCUUUGAAGUGCCGUUCGAGCAGAUCCAGAAAGUGCAAGUUGUUGUGACUGUUCUGGACUAUGACAAGAUCGGCAAAAACGAUGCAAUCGGCAAGAUCUUUGUGGGUUUCAACAGCAGCGGAACCGAGCUGCGACAUUGGUCAGACAUGCUGGCUAAUCCGAGGAGACCCAUCGCACAGUGGCACGUUCUAAAGCCGGAGGAAGAAGUGGACGCGAUGCUUACUGUCAAGAAAUAAAGAAGAGAAGCCUUUCAGUACCCACCCAAGUAGUGCUCUUUAGCCAGUAUAUGUAAAUACCUCAGUAAUAUGGGUCCAUUUACUUCCAUCUUUUGUGUUCUCCAACCACCAUCACCUUUUUUACAACAGUUAAUGGUACUUUCUAUUUUCUCUUGAAUUUCCUUUCCACCUUUGCAGAUGUAGAGGCCCUUUUAAAAAAAGCCCUCUUGUCACUUCGUUUGUUUUGUUUUUCAGGCCACCCCCUUCUUUUAAGCAAUAUGAUCUGUGUAGAUAGAGCAUGACUGAAAUUAUUUAUUGUAUUACACAGUUGUAUAUACCAGUAUGCUGACAAAAUGAUUUCUAGUCUGUGUGUUUGUAUGUUGUUAAGCGUUUCCUAAUCUGUGUAUAUCUCGAUGUUUUUAAUAAGAUGUUCUAUUUUAAAUUAUGUAAAUGGACUGAGAUAUAAGAAAGCCGAUAUUAUAUAUUAUAGGAUUCACAAUUCUAUCUUACUGCAUUCAAGUUAAAAUUCCAACCUGCAAAAAGACUCUAGUGGAGGUGCACUCACAUUGUAAAGGACAGUGCCAGUCUGUAUGUUUACUUAUCAAACCAUCAAAAAAAAAAGGCCAUUAACUAGUAUGGUUACACAAGAAAAAAAAAGUAUGCUGCUGAAAAUUAUAUAAGCACAGGGUUUCUUAUGACUUUUUAUACUAUGUUUUUUUCUUUUUUUCAAUUGAGGACCUUUAAGUUUAGCUUCAUCCUUCUACCAAGACAUUCCAGAAAGCUAAAACGAUUGCCUUUUUAUUGUUUGAGCAAGGUUUCACAUUGUGAACCGGUGAGUUACUUUUAAGUACAAUAGGUCAUCUGUUAAGACCAUGUUUUCUUUAAUGGUCUUUAUUUUUUAGAAGCAGAUCUUCUUGAACUUGUAAGCAUUCCUUUGACCCCCUGAAUAUAACCCCCUCUGAAACGGAACAAUGCUCUAGCCUUUGUGUCCUUCAAGCUAGAUUAAUAGUAUGUUGCUAAUUGUCUGCUACCAAUAGCCUUGAUGUUGGAUAUAUACUUAGUUGAGGGUUUGGAGUACGCUUUUCAAAGUGGGGAAAGGGGUUUUGACACUAGCUUUAAGAUCAGUAUUUUUAGAUAACGUUUUCAGUGUCUCAAGUAUUUUUUAGUAACUGCAUGAUUUUUUUAAUAAUGUUCUGCUAAUUAACUUGGGUCGGGGGGGGGGGGGUUCUGCUAUACUCGGGGGUCUCUUUUUAUAGUGUCCCCUUACCUUCAAUCAAAAAAAGAAAUCAAACAAAAGGUAUAUUUUACAGCAUGACUAAAAAAAGAAAAUGAGAGUCAAAAAUCCAGUAGGAUAGUAUGUACAUGUUGAAAAUGCUGAUGAAAGUUAAAACACUGCCAUUUUCAGGGAGGUAACAACAGUAUCCUUUUCUUCAUGUGCACGCUGUACAGGCCACGCUUGUUGUUUUUGUUCAAGAGGCCCAAAAUGGUACCAGGAAUGUCAGCCGCCAUAUUGCUCUGCCUUCUCACAGAGGCAACAUUGUCAGCCAUGUUUUACUGCCACUUUCUUGUGACUGCCGUGUUCAGCUGUGAGUUGUCUGCUGCAGUAGUUGGCACUAAGCUGUCUUCAAACAGAAGAGGCUGUCAGGUUUUUCUGUUUGUUUGGAGAAACAAUGGCAUGGUCGCUCUGCAUAUCUACAGAAGCAGUCAUGACUGCCAUUUUGGACUGGGUUUUAAUAGAAACAAAAAUGGCUGCCAUUUUGUAUUACCACACUACUGAAGCCACGGUAACUGGUAUGUUGCCUAGUGUUCUUUUAACACAAAGAGAUGAGAAUAAAAUAAAAAAAAAUAAAUCAUCAGAAACCGUAAAAGUUAAUGGUCUCCUUAAUUAAUGAAACAAUUCAAAAGAAUCAAUGUGUCCUUUACUACGGGUUAACAAGAGGAAUGCAAAGUGAAAAGUUCUAGUAAAUGAAAACAGAUUCCCUUAUCUUUGAGGAACCUCUUGUGUAUGCUAGAUGCUUGCUUCAGGAGGAGUUUCUAAAUGUUUUCAAUGUUAUUAUAUAGUAAAUGGCACUAUUAUAAAGCUAUUAGUCAUUCCAUGAGAGUCUCUAGGGACUGCUUUGUGUAUCACUGUGACUGCUGUGCGUGCUUAGAAAUGUAGAUUUCUCAGUGGAUAGCGACCAAUUUGUUCUGUAGUGAUAUUGUAUUAAUGCUGCCAUCCCCUUCUACUGCACUGCUGAGAGUGUGCAUAGCACUAACAGUUCUAAUAACCGCGGACCAAUCAAGAACUGGCAGGCUAUGCAUUGGAAACAGAGUUUUAAAAGACAGCGGCUCAAAUCACACAGCAUUUUGUUGAGCACUGUGCAAUAUGAUGUCUGUUCUUCAUGGCUUCAUAGUGUUACUGUAUGUGGGCUGUGUAGCCCGGGAGAGAAGAUUCUUAUUAUUGAUUACGUUCAUUGUAAAGCAAUGGUUAGGACACAGCACACUGAGCUCCAAUUGAAAUACGAGCUAAACACGUUCAUCAUGUGGUUUUUUGAUUACCCUAUUUUUUGCAUGCAGGUCCAACAAAAAAUAUUCAGGAAUUACAAUGAAUUAUUAUUAUUAUUAUUAUUAUUAUUAUUAUUAUUAUUAUUAUUAUUAUUAUUAUUAUUAUUGCCAUCUUUUUUGUUGUGAGUAAGGAUUUGUACACCUGAAUGUACUCCUAGGUUUAGCUUAACAUAAUCUGUAUGUUAUUAUGGAGAUACAGAUGGCAAUAAAUAUUGAUAAUUUAUUAAAUGAAAUAAAAAUUCAGAAUUUUGAGUAUCCCAUUAAGUCUUUUGGGGCCGAGAUACAGUAUAUGCUCUAUUAAUGUUAUAUGCAGUUUAAAGACAAACUCCCCUUUGUAAAUUCCACCUUUUGAAAUUAAAUGCAUUGCUUUUAUUAUUCCUGUUGAUCUUUCUCAUGGUUUCCAAACAUUUUGUUUAAAUGUUUAGCAUUGAAAAGAAUAUAGUGGUAGAUCCAUGUUGUUUACCUUUGUCACGGCUAAUUUCUGUAUCUUAUAUUGUGAAUAAGGUUGGUUUGGGGAUCUAAAAAAAGCAUUUAGUACAACAAUAGCCCUGGAGCUAAGGAACAGUCCCAUAAAACAAACUGCAUUAAGUAUAAAUUAUAUAACAGCAACAGCAACAACAAUCUCAUAUUUCUAUAGCACCUUUCAUCACAGGGAUCCCAAAGCGCUUCACACACACACACACACACACACAAACACACACAAAUUAAAACAUGACAUUAAAAACAGUAUAAUACAGAAUUUGAUAAAACAGAAAAUAAAAGAGAGAUACAGAAAUGUGUUUUUUAAUGUUAAAAAAGCUAGUUUGUAGAAAUAGAACAAUUAAGAGUCUAAAACAAAAAUGUAAUAACAUUUUAAUUAAAAAAAAUAAAUAGGUAUGAGUCCCAGCUUCAACGACACAGGAAGGCUACAACAGGAGUAAUAUGUUCACCUUUUCUGGUUUUAGUCAGAAUUCUAGCAGCAGUGUUUUAAAUGAGCUGUAAGUUUUGGGAUACCAGAGAAAAGUGCAUCAAUUCUAGAUGAAACAAAGACAUGCAUUAGUCUUUCAGCAUCAGAUACAGAAAUUAUAGGUCUAGGUCUAGCUCUAUUUCGCAAAUGAUAAAAGGAUACUUUAGGAAACGUUCCUAAUAUGAGUCUGGAAUCACAGAUAAGGGUCAACGAUGACCCCCAAAUUUCACGUUUCUAGUUUUAGUUCUGAUGAGAGUCUGUUAAAGUCUAUGUGUUGUUUACAAGGGAGUUCAUCUUUAAAUAAAAUAUUUUAUAUCCCUGGUUAUAAAUGAUAACCUAUACCCAGUUGUUUAAAUAUUUUAAAAGUCUAUUUAUUGUGUAAUUUAUAUAUUUAUUUAUAAGAUUAACCUUGUACAAAUGGAUCCAAAGCUGAUAAAACGUAUCAUAGUGUGAUGAGUAAGGGAUAUAUAACAACGUUUACAAAUGAUUUGUAUUGCAUUAAUAAAAGCGUAUACAUACCAGGUUAACUAACAGUGAUAGGAAGCAUCGCAGUUUGCAAGAUCCGACUGCAAGGUUUUACGUGUGCCUUGUGAAAAGCCAUUACCUGCAAUGAGAUGCAAUGCUUCUUUUACUGCCUCCAAAGCAUGCGGUAAACCCUACCAUUUCUAUUGAAAUAAAGUCCACUUUGAACUUGCUGUGUGACCAAGACAUUUCAUUCCUCAACAAAUAAAGAAGCCACACUUACCUUUCUGACAAAGCUGUGUAAAGUAUUAGAAUCUGAUGCUGUAGAAAGAUCCUAGUUGCCUUUGUGUAUAUUAACUGCCUGCUUGAGUAUUUUGUGUGUGUGGAAAUUUUCUCUCUGUAAUCUUGUAGAAAUGUUGGGGUGUUCUUUCCUGCCAUAUUGCUCGUGACAGUGCGAGCUGACGGUUAUAUAGCUGUGUAUACCUUCAUUUUUGACGAGGUGUUUUACAAUUUUGUUUUCACUUUGUGUAGUGAUUCACACUGUGGAGUUUCCUGAUUGUUGUUAUAUAACUUAAUAUACACAAAUGUUCAAUAAAAAUGUUUUAUUUCCUGUUAA